AUGAUUCGGCAAAGUACCGAGCGCUCCAACGACUGGCUUAGGCCGGUUGCUGACGACGAGGAGGAUGACGGCUUCCUCGCUGGAGCUGACGAUGCCGAGGCAAAGGGAUGUCUUGAUGAAGGCAAUCGAUCGACGCUAGAUUUGGUCACGGCCACGCUCCCCGUGUACAUGACAAUUCAUCGAGUGCGCCGGCUAGUGCUUGCGAGUAUCGAUGAUCCUUACACUAUGGAGCACUUUAGAGAUCCCAAGAUGAACGCCCUCGUUUCCAACACGGUUCAUCAGAGCGUCAACCAGGCGCGGGCCAUCUUGUGUGAGCUGCUCGCUAGUCGAGUCCUUCGACGCUUUCACGAAGACAACCCAGGACCCCAGGGCCUUCUGCUACUUGCCCACAUCCUUGUGGAGGGAUUUGAUCCCUUCCAAGGUGCUCCGGAGCACAUGGAACGCCGUGGACGUCGUCCACAGUGGCCCGGGGCUUCUCAGGACGGCGCCGGCUCUGAGAGAAAGGUGACUGCUCUAGAGCUUGCUAUUGUUUCUGAGAGCAAAUUCUUCAUCAGCUCUUCAGCCUGUCAGCGAGCCGUCGACGCUGUCCAUAACGGUCAAAUUAUCUAUACGCCUCUGUCAUUCAUGGAUAUUCUUCCGGAUCACUAUAAGCGCCGCCCCAUCUCUCUUUACGACCCCCGAACGGCGCCUCUCCUCAACCACCACCGUCUUAUUGUUCCCUCCAACAGAAAUCUUAUCGAACUCGUUCAUUUCGUCAUUCUUCUGGCACUCUACGUCAUGACUAUGGUCUCGCGGCACUCGGAAGUCAACAUGUGGGAAUUUGCUUUUUGCGUUUACACGGCUGGUUGGCUUCUCGAAAAGAUGGCGGCUAUUGUUGAACAUGGUUGGGAGGUUCAUGCGCAGAACUUGUGGGCUUUUCUCGACAUUACGUUUGCUUGCAUCUUUGGCGCCUACCUCCUCGCUCGCUUAUACGAUUUCCUGGCUGAUCAGCUUCACUCGGGUUAUGGUCUACCGAUUCUUUGCGUCGCUGCGCCAGUCAUGUUGACGCGAGUUGCUUUCAACCUGCUACCUAACAACCUCGUCUUCAUCUCUGUCCACGCCAUGAUGAAGGACUUUACUGUGCUCACCUUCCUAGCUACCUGGUGCUUCACCGGCUUUCUUCUCGCUCUGCAGUGGCUCGUUAGUGCCAGUAACGAUGGCAACGAGGAGUUUAGCUGGUACGUUGUGGGCAAGUGGAUGCUCUGGAUCUGGUUCGGCCUCGACGGCGAGGGCAUUGAGGAGUCGGUGCGGUUCCAUAUCGUUCUUGGACCAGCGCUCAUGAUCGCAUUUGCAUUCCUUGGAAACACGCUCUUCUUGACGAUUCUCAUCGCUAUGCUCACCAACACCUUCUCCAAGAUCGUGGCGGAUGAGACGGCCGAGAUUCAGUUCCGACGAGCUGUCUUGACAUUUGAGGGUGUCAAGAGUGAUUCCAUCUUUUCCUAUCCUCCUCCAUUCAACAUCCUUGCACUGGCCACGCUACUUCCUCUGAAGCUCGUCACGACAGCUCGAGUGUUCCACAUCAUCAACGUGGCGCUCAUCCGAACGCUCAACUUCCCGACGCUACUCCUGAUCAGCUUGUCCGAGCGACGACGGUUGUGGGUGCAGUCCAGACGUGCCUCUGGGAAACGGUCCAAGUGGCAGUUUACAGCUCUAUCGCCACACAGCGACAUUCAGGCUGUCUUCAAGUCUAUGCCGCCUAUGGAGAUUUCGGACAUGAUUGACCAACUGGACCCGUUGGGCGAGGUUCCUAUUCUAGAAGAUGAUCUCAUGCCGACCAUGACGGGUGACAAUCCUCGAUCCAACCUGCGAAGAUGGCGGAUGGUGCAACGAGAGGGACAGAGGCCUGCAGACGACAAUGUGAUUUGGAGUGAGAGCAGUAGCAGUGGCAGUGGUAGUGGCAGUGGCCCUAAGGAAGACUGA